GAUUUGCAGCGGCGGGACGUCGCGUUGCGACGCGGAGCAUAUAUCGGCGACGGGAGGAAAGGUGAAGGGUUAAAGGUGGCCGAGAAGCCAGUAUCGACUGGCAACGGUUGCCUCGUCCAAUUGUACGUUGUACCCCCGUCCCCUCGGGAACCCGAUUCCGCGAAUCGAGGAACUCGACCGAGAGGGUCGCCCUUGGGCCUCGGCCGGGAACGAACUCGAAAAGGGGCCGCGACGGGGAGGCGUCCGCAGCGGGAGGGCGAGGGUGGGGAGCGCGCUCGGAGAGUUCCGUCCGACUCAGUCCGGCUCAGUCCGGCUCAGUCGUCGAUCGUUCGACGCCCGGGUGGCUGGUCGCGUGCCGAGGCGAAAACGAGAGGCGAGCGGCCGAGGAUGAGCGUCUCGGCGACGCGCCCCCCUCGGAGAGUGGGGAGCUCCGGUGGGAGUUCCGUUGAGGCCAUGCCCCGGCGGUGAGGCCGCGUCGUCGAGGACCGAGUGUUCUGCGAGUGCCGUGCGAGUCGCCAAGAGAGAGAGAGAGACCGCGCGGUCUCCGGAGUCCCCCCAGAGGACCAGCUGGCUCUCGUGGGUUCCAUCACGGCGAUCCGUUAACGUUGUGGCUGCCUUGCGUGGCCCUGGACCACCGGAGGGUCGCCCGCGUGCGUCGACUUGCACUCACCGAGGAUCGAUGAUACAGGCAAAUGAAUGAGCGGAAUGCAGGCUGCUCUAUUGAUUAGAAGGGAGAAGCAGCGCUUACGGGGGGGUAAGGUGGUUAACUUUCGGGAGUUGCCGUCCAACUUGGCCACCAGACUCAUUCCGCCGCUUCCACGGUAUCCCCCGCGGUCCUACGUCUACGGGGUGAGUAUCCGCGCCGGACCGGAGCGCGGGUCCCCCCGACUCCUCCGCGGGUCGCCGGCCGGGGCGUUCCUCUCCCACUGCCCUUUCGACGCGUCGAAAGGGGGCGGAAGGGACCCGGAGGAACCACUCGGUCCAACGGUUUUCCAGUGCGGGGGCCAGGGUCCCGGAGGCGGCAAGGCGGCAUGGCAGGGCUGCAACCGACCGUCCUCGCUCCCGCUGUCGCCCGGCUCGCCCCGCGGCUCCCGAGGAGAGGGCUACAAAACCAAGCAGUGCGAGGCGCACCGGAGAUGGAUGAAGAGGAACAGGAUACGGGACGCGAGCUACUGCUACGGGAGCAGCGGCGACGAGGAGGACGACGAGGAGGGCAGCGGCCUGGUCGAUCGACGUCGGGGCGAGGUCAGCGCGGCGGUCAACACCGUCCUCUACGCCGGCUUGGGCACCACCGCCCUCGGCCUCGUCGUCUCGUUCGUCGGCACCGGGGAGAAGGGGUUCCAGAGUCCCGAGCUCAGACUCGUCGGACCCUGCCUUCUGGGCGCCGGCCUCCUCUGCUGCCUCUUCCGGGUGCUCCUCUGCAUCUGCCUGUGCCGCUGCAAGGACCGUCGCUCCGGGGCCUCCUCCUCCUCCUCCUCCUCCACGAGGAAGGCCGGAAAGGACCGCAAACCGGAGGUGAGGCCGCCCGUGGCUCCCCCGCCGACGGCCUCGCUGCUUCCCUCGGUCCGCGGACUGCCCCCAAGGGCCGCCGCGGCCGCGAUGACGAUGACGUCGGCGGCAACGGCGGUGCCGACCAGGGCGCACGAGCUGCUCCUCUCGCCCGCCCAGCUGCCCGAGUGACGGUCUCCAGACGGUCGACCCUUUUUCUACGGAACGCUCGUCGGAGGCGAAAGUCGCCAUCCUGCCGACCCGCACCGGGGCGAGAACUCUCUCCCAGCUCCGGUCGUCCUCGCGUCGUCGUCGCGCCGUCUCGGAGAGUCUAGCGUCGUUUUCUCUCCAUUUAGCGUGCUCUCGGUUAAUAAAGAUUCGGUGACUCUUUCGUAACGGAAGUUUCUUCUUUAAGGAGGCGUCGAACCACGGGCCCCU